AUGGAAAAUCUAGGGAAGGUUAAUGACUUUGUGGUUUUGCAUGAUAAGAUAUAUGUUGUCACUAUGAAGGCCAACAUAUGGGUUAAAUGGCACCCACCGGAUGCUAAUUGGAUAUGUCUUCAUAGUGAUGGAGCAAUGAAAAAUGACAUCGCUGGUUGUGGUGGAGUAUUGAGAGAUCAAGCAGGUACAUGGAUUAUGGGAUUUGCGAAGCAUGUAGGAAAUGCAACUGCUUAUAUAGCAGAGCUCUGGGGUGUUUAUGAAGGUUUGAAACUAGCUCGACGUAGAGGUUUUGAAAGGGUGGAACUACGUAUAGACUCUAUGGUGGUGGUGCGAAGUAUCCAAGGUCAAAAGGUAGGUAGUGUUGCAGCUGAUAAAGUUGCAGAUGCUUUGGCCACUAUGGGGUGUUCAUUGAAAGAGACUAGAGUUUUAGAAGAACCGUCAUUUGAUCUUGAGCAAUUGUGCUUAGCUGAUGUAUUGGGAGUAUCUACUCCUCAUGUUAUUUCUAUGUAA